UUAUUCUGCUCGCGUAUCCAUGUCGCCAGAUUUUUCAAGAAAAGGAGCGUUUUUGAUGGACUCCUCGGUCGCCAAAGGGCUAAAUGUGACUUCAUGCCAAGAUCCAAGCAGUCCUGGAUAUCUAUAACGCGCACACAGCCGGGAUGGAUCCGUUAAACGCCACCGGAAUGGACGCGUUCACGGCCAUCCACCUGAAUGCCUCCUGGAGCGCGGACAGUGGAUAUUCCCUGGCUGCAAUCGCCAGCAUCGCCGCUCUUGUAAGUUUCCUCAUCCUCUUUACCGUUGUUGGAAAUAUUCUCGUGGUGAUCGCGGUGCUGACGAGCAGGGCGCUGAAAGCCCCGCAGAACCUCUUUCUGGUGUCUUUGGCCACCGCGGACAUCCUGGUGGCAACUUUGGUGAUGCCGUUUUCUCUCGCGAAUGAGCUCAUGGGCUACUGGUAUUUUGGGAAAGUUUGGUGCGGUAUUUAUUUGGCUCUGGAUGUUUUAUUCUGCACUUCUUCUAUCGUUCAUCUGUGCGCAAUAAGCCUGGACCGGUACUGGUCCGUUACGCAGGCUGUAGAGUACAACCUGAAGCGGACUCCUAAGCGCGUCAAGUGCAUCAUCGUUAUUGUGUGGCUCAUAUCUGCUUUCAUCUCAUCCCCACCUCUCUUAUCUAUAGACAGCAACAACUACAUCAGCUCUCAGCCUCAGUGCAUGCUCAAUGAUGACACUUGGUACAUCCUCUCCUCCAGCAUGGCCUCCUUCUUCGCCCCCUGCUUAAUUAUGAUUCUGGUGUACAUCAGGAUCUACCAAGUGGCCAAAACCAGAACAAGGAGCAUGUCAGGGAAAGAGCCCAGACCAGAUGGUGUCACACAAACUGAGAAUGGACUGAACAAAGCCAACUCCCCUUGCCAUGGCGACAGGGAAAAUGGUCACUGUCAAUGCCCACCUACGCCCAGCCAACGCACAGUCACCAUCGGGCAACAGACAGACGAUGCAGACAUGGACGAGAGCUCCUCCUCAGAGGGCAAAGGUCACAAACCUCAGCGGCAGGACUCCCAAAGGGCCAAGAGACCAGGCCUAAAGAAAAGCUCCAUCUCCAAACAAUCCGCACGUAUCUCCAGAGUCAGCAACAAAUCCGUAGACCUGUUUGCCUCCAGGAGGAAACGUAGGCGGAGCUCCAUAGCGCAGAAAAAGGUUUCCCAAGCCCGGGAGAAGAGGUUUACAUUUGUUCUGGCUGUGGUCAUGGGGGUGUUUGUUGUUUGCUGGUUCCCCUUUUUCUUCAGCUACAGCCUGCACGCCGUGUGCAGGGACUACUGUAAGAUCCCCGACACGCUCUUCAAAUUCUUCUUCUGGAUUGGCUACUGUAACAGCUCCCUGAACCCUGCCAUCUACACCAUCUUCAACCGGGACUUCAGACGCGCUUUCCAGAAGAUUCUCUGCAAGUCGUGGAAAAAGUCCUUCUAGCUCCGGGGCAGAACUGUUAAGCCAACGUGACAAUCUUAAAAGGGAAAUAUGAGAGUGAUCUUUUAAAAACAAGAGGAGCCUGUGUUGUCUCUAUCGCUGUAACAUCUUGUCGUCCUGUUGUAAUUAAUGGCAGCCCACCGUCAACCUAAUUAAUGGGUGUCUACGAGCUUCAACAUACACUAAGUUUCCUUUUUAGGCUUUACCAGUCUGAUAAACGAGUGCAACUGUCCUUUUGUUCUCACUAAAGUGUGUUGUAAAGCUUAAUCAUGUAUUUAAACAUCCACAAAAGAUAAACACAUGGGCGGACCUAUCUUCUAAUGGGCCCCAGGGCGAAACUAGCCCCCCGUGCCCCCCUUUGGUUCUUACAACUGUCUCUGCAAUGUGAGAUUUUUCUCUUCUGUUUGUGCUAGUAUACCCACAGAUUUGUUAUGUACUACUUCAGUUUAUUGAAAUCACUUGGUUAAGUUGAACAAAUGUUGGCACAAAAGGGACAAGAUGAAGGUUUUUAAACUUGAUUCAAACACAGAUAUUUUUCUACAAAUAAGCCUAACCAAGCAGUUGAUACAUGAGGACUUGGUUGAGAAAAUAAUAUUGAUACUGCUCUAGCUUGUUAAAGGUCCAAUAUGUAAGAUAUUAUAUAUUAAUUUAUUAUAUAAUUAACUGUAUUUAAUCAUAAAAUUACCUUACUAUAUCAUCAGACAUUAAGGAAACAUGCUAUGUUGAAGUGCUGGCUUUUCUGUCAACAACGCAGCAGCUGUAAGUCCUCCCACUAAGUUUUGAUUCUGGUGCGGAAUGGUUUGUUUUGACCAGAGAAGUAGGCAGUUUUAAUAAACCCCUACAUGGCCGCUUUGGAUGCCCCUCAGUUUGCCAGACACACACAAACUAACAGGUGUUGCAGUGAUAAAAGCGGGCUAGCAAACGGGUUCAGAUAUAUCUGAUUCUACCCAACCUGUAAAAGCCUCUGCAUAUUUCUAAUGAGCUCCAGGACAUAGAAAUGUGGAAAAACUAGGAUAAAUAUUGGAAAUGCUUUUGAAAAAUUGAUAGGUUAGAAUGCAGAAAUGUUUAAAGACUGAUA